AGAAAGGGGUGGUUAGAAAAAGAGAUGAAAUAUUCUCUUUAGCUCUCAUAGUUUUUGGUCUUUUCUUUUGAAAUCAAACAAAGGUCUCGCACCAGAUCUCUGUAACAAGAGUCCGAAGUCUCUUAGAUCAUAGUUAUUUUGGUCUUUUAGGAUCCAUAUGUGUCCGUGUUUUUCUUGUUCUUUUGGCAAAAUCUGAUAGUUCUGAGAUUUGAAUACUACCAAGAGUUAUCUGUUUGUGUUUGGAGAAACUCUUGGUUGUUUUUGUUUUCUACUGUUUUUGCUUUCAAACAGCUACUUGUUUCCUUACUAUCAAAAUCAAUAACAACAAAGUUUGAGUUCAGAUGCAGAUGAUGUCUGGUGAUUUGUUUUCGGUUUCGCCAUCAAUCAAAGGGUUUGUUCCAGAAUCAGAUGCGAACCCUAACCCUAAACCUGACACAAACCCAUCUGCAAAGAAGAAGAGAAAUCUACCAGGAACACCAGAUCCAGAUGCUGAAGUUAUUGCACUUUCACCGAAGACACUUAUGGCGACAAACAGAUUCAUCUGCGAAAUCUGCAACAAGGGAUUCCAAAGAGACCAAAACUUACAGCUGCACCGAAGAGGUCACAACCUUCCAUGGAAGCUCAAGCAAAGGACUAACAAAGAUCAGGUCAGAAAGAAGGUGUACAUAUGCCCAGAAAAGACUUGUGUACACCACGACCCAUCUCGAGCCCUCGGUGACCUCACCGGAGUUAAAAAGCAUUUCAGCCGAAAACAUGGUGAGAAGAAGUGGAAGUGUGAGAAGUGUUCGAAGAAAUACGCUGUUCAAUCUGACUGGAAAGCUCAUUCUAAGACCUGUGGAACUAGAGAGUACAAAUGUGACUGUGGCACACUCUUUUCCAGGAAAGACAGUUUCAUCACACACAGAGCUUUCUGUGAUGCCUUAGCUGAAGAGAGUGCCAGAUUCACAUCUGUUGCUGCUGACAAUUUCAACUUCAGGAAUGGGCCUUUAAGUGAAACUCUGAUUAAUCAGCCAAAUUUGCCUCAUGGGUUCGCCGGAGCUGCCGGAAUUUCCCAACUUGCUGCAGCAUUUCGGCCGGAGUCUGGUGGCAUGGCCACCGGAAAUGUUCUAAUCGGAGAUCAGCAGAAGCCCAGAUUGUCUCUAUGGUUGGAUCAAGCAAAUUCUCAGCUUAAUCUUGUUGAUAUGGCCACAAAUUCAAAUCUUUACAUGCCCACAAGUUCUACUGGCUUAAAUGAUAUGGUGCAAAUGCCAUCUGCGAACCUCUUUGGCUCACCUUCAAUGGCUAAUUAUGGUAACUGCAACCAGUCGCAGUGGUUUGACAAGAAUCCGGCGACUUCUACUGAUGCAAGUCUCUCAUUAUCGCCUUUACCACAAGGAUUAAAGGAUGAGAAAACCCUAAGUAAUUCUUUCUACUCUGAUAAUCAAAAUCACCAGUCAAAAUCAUCAUCGCCAAUGUCGGCCACUGCGCUUCUCCAGAAGGCGGCACAGAUGGGUUCUACCAGAAGCAACCCAUCAUUCUUUGGCAAUAGUUUUGGGGUUAUGAACUCUUCUUCUUCUUCUUCCAACACACCUGCUUUUAAUCCCCUCUCUCAAAACAGAAAUGGAUUGCCAAUGAGUGCAUCGACGAGUGCAACUCAGAACAGUCUUGAUCAAGUUAUAAUGCAAACUGGUGUCUCACAAAACGAAUCAGUUCCAUUGAAGUUGCAUCAAGGUGGUCUAACAAGAGAUUUUCUUGGCAUGGGAGGUGAAGGUGGUCGUCAGUUCUUGCCUCAGGAGCUAGCAAAGUUUGCUUCAAUGGGUUCAGCCAUGGGUUUGAGCCAUUUUAAUAGCAACCAGUGAAUUUGUGGCCUCUCUUCACACACACUUCACAGCCUUUGUAUAAUAUUACACUAUCCAAACUUGCCAAGUCCUUAGUUAAGUACAAAUUGUGUCUGUUCCAUUAGAUUAAGAAGGUGGAUAUUAUUGGCCUCAGAGAGAGGGAGAGAGAGAGGAGGGUACAGUGGAGCUGUUGAGGUCCCAUGGGAUGUCGGAAGUGGACUAAACAAGGAGGUCCUCUGAGACGUUUCAUUUUGUUCAUUUGUUAUUGUUCUUCUUCUGUUGUUCUUUAUCUAUGUGUCAGUUUCUCUCAUCUUAAUUUUUUUUUCUUUUGAGUUGUAAAUUAUCUUCAAUGCAAGCCUCUUCUAUUUUGAGAUUCAUAAAAAC